UUGUUAAGUUGUCUACAAACAGGAAGUGUGCUGACUAUAAUAGCACUGAAUGGCGCUGGAAAACAUGGAACUGCAGAUUCAACCAUCAACGUUUACGUUUGACAGACCCAGUUCUGCCGGCUCUGACAGUGGGAGUGGAAGUGGAGAAGAACAUGAAAUAAAAGGACCAGUGUCUCCUGUGAAAACCCCGAAGAGUCCCACUAAACCUCACAAUCUGGCUCGCCUCAAGUCUCGCACUAGCUCGUCAGCAAGCAGUGCCAAAUACUUCCAUGCAGGGGGGAGAACUGUGUACACUUCAGGCAGGCCACCAUGGUAUGAUUGCCAUGGACUCCUGAAAGAAGCAUUUGUCAUAGGUCUCUGUGGAGGUAGUGCCUCAGGAAAGACAACAGUUGCCAGAAAAAUCAUUGAAGCCUUAGAUGUACCAUGGGUCAGCUUACUGAGCAUGGACUCCUUUUACAAGGUGCUUGGCCCCAAAGAACACCAGCUAGCUGAACAAAAUGAGUACAACUUUGACCACCCUGAUGCCUUUGACUUUGAUCUCUUAAUAAAGACCUUGAGGCGUCUGAAAGAGGGCAAAAAGGUGGAGGUCCCUAUCUACAACUUUGUGACACAUGGCAGGGAAAAACACAGUAAAACUAUAUAUGGUGCCAAUGUUGUGAUAUUUGAGGGAAUCAUGUCCUUUGUGAACAAAGAUUUAUUAAAACUUUUAGAUAUGAAAAUAUUUGUGGAGACCGAUUCAGACAUCAGACUAGCGAGGCGAUUAAGGAGAGACAUUGCGGAGCGUGGUCGGGAACUGGAAGGGGUGCUGAAACAGUACAAUAAGUUUGUGAAGCCAGCCUUUGACUACUACAUUGAACCCACCAUGUCUCAUGCUGAUAUCAUUGUACCCCGAGGGGGAGAGAACCAGGUAGCCAUUGAUCUCAUUGUUCUCCACGUUCAUACGCAGCUUCAGAAGGCAUCUGACUAUGCUAGCAAUUCUGAGUUGGCUGCAUACCUUAGAGGAUUUAAGUUAAGAAAGGAACUUGCACACUCAGCCACCAAUGGAAGUAAAACCCCGGACAGUCUGUAUGUGUUAGAGCAGACACCACAAGUACAGGGGCUCCAUACAUUCAUCAGAAAUCGUGAAACACCUCGAGAUGAAUUCAUCUUCUACUCCAAGAGACUCAUGAGGCUGCUUUUUGAAUAUGCUUUAUCCAUGCUGCCCCAUAAAGCAGUCAUUGUAGAAACCCCACAAGGAAUUCAGUACGAAGGGAGACGACUGGACGCCAGCAAGGGCGAUGGCGGGAUGAACCACCUUUUUGUUCCUCAAAUCAGAAGAUAUGAAAAUUUGCAGGAUAACACUACAGUAAAACAUGCUUAUAGUGAAGACUCUUAUAAUGAAUUGAUGCUUAUAGUGAAGUGAUUUUCAAGCCCCAUGGGUUUUAAACAUAUUGUUAAGCUAAUGGAUAUAACAAAUUACAACGUACGUUUAUAUCUAAGCAAAAUUGCCCAUCCCUGGUACUUCAUUAUAAGCGUGUAUUACUGUAUGUAGAUCUUAUUAGAUCUGACACAUGAUUCCAAAAGUUUUCUAGAAUGUACAUUUAUAUACAUGUAUAUGCAUUAUUAAUCUUGACAAUAUAACCUUAAAAUGGUAUUUAACUUGAUAAUAAAAACAUGUUUAUUUCAAUCUAAUCAACAAAUUUAUAAUAUUUAAAUUUUAUUUUCAGUCAAGUGUUACAUUAGAAUGUUGUUUUAUUUUUGCAAAAUAUCAAUUCUUUGAAAGUACAUGGAAACACAAUAAUAUUUCUGUUACAUCUAGUUUCUUAGUACCAGUAUUUACUACGUGGGCAUGUUAAGGCUUCCCGAUUGAUUUUACAGCGAAGUGUAGAAAGUCACUUGUCUGUACUUCAUACGAUAUGAUAUCAUAAUUAACUUUGAUGUCACAAUCUGCAUUCCUGUCAAUAGUUCUUAGGGAAUGUCUCUUAACGUUAAAAGUGAAUUAUAUCAAACUGGUAUAAAACCGCAUGUCAUCUUUACAUAGAUCCUGCUGUUAAUGCUAGACGUACAGAAUUCAUUCAUAUUAAUAACCAGUAUCAAAUAAUUGGCAGUUUCAAAGCUUCGUUUUAAGUAAAAGACUAUUUAUAAACGAGUGGUUUGGAGACUCUCCCUGCUAUGUGUUAACAACUGAAUGAAGAAAUUUCAAUGCAUGUAAAAACUAGCUUGGCGCAGGUGAAAGAUCAACACAAUUUUAGAAUAUUUUACGUAAAAUUGGUAGAGAAAAUAAGUACCAAUGUGAAUCGUGCUUGGGAAACCUAUGGUUUUACCCCAAUCAAUUAUAAAUCGCUUUUAAAUAGUAAAAAUGUGCAUUAUUUUGAUGAUUUUGUAGAAUGUUUCAACAAUAUCUUUCAUAAAUGAAAUAUCGAUUUCAAGCCCAAGCAAGAACUUCAUAGUAUAUGUAAUAACAAAGGAUUUUUCUUAAAAAUAUUUAUGAUUUAAUGUCAUCAAUCACCUGCGUUGAUGCGAUUUAAAUAGAUCAUUUGCAAUUUUAGGAUUUGCCCUUCAAGUGAUUACAAAGUACAUAUGAUGUCACAAAAAUGCAUAAGAUACAAUGUUUAACAUCAUUGUCAAUAAUUGUAACAUAGAUUUUAAAUAAUACUCCAGGUCAAAGUUUUUUUGCGAUGAUUCAAAUAAUAUCGUUUUCUAGCCGUAUUUUAGCAUUGGGACGCCUUAACAUUGCUGCGUACCUGUAUGAAGUCAAUUUUUCAUGUUUUCACAUUUCACAGUUUUUGUUUACCUGUAUAUUUUAUAACUAUUUUAAAUAUGUAUUGAAUGAUAUAUUUGUUUUAAUUUGAUGUUAUUUACAUUGUAUAGGUUGUGAUUUUGGAAUUAUUUUUAACUUUUGAAACACUUUAAAACCCUGACAAUGAGUGUGAUAUUCCUUUCAUUCCCACCCACUUCCUAUCUUAGAUAGAGUUAAAUAGAGACAGUGAUAGUGUACUGGUUAUAUUUUGUUUUGUUUUUUUUCCAUCAAGAGUACUUGAUUAAUAUGCAUUAUUUUAUGGAUUAAACAUAUGCUAAUGCUGUAUAAAGCUUUAAGCUUAAUUUUUACAUUCAGUGUUCAAUAUUAAUGAGUCAAAUUUCAACAAUCAAAGCUUCUUCCAUUUUGCUCAGCUUAUUGAUAAUUAUUGCUGAGUACUGACAUGAAUUAUUUCAUAUAUUUUGCUAUUUAAAUUAAAUCUCUAUUCCUCAAUUAUUUUUCGUUUUCAUUAAAAAUUUCUGUUAAAUUGCUUUUGACAAAUUUAAGUCUGAUUUGAAUUCCCAAAGUGAGAUUUAUUUUUAUAAGUAUGAAUAUGCUUUAGGAGAAAAGAGAUUUAUAUUAUGUACUUGGUAAGUAAUUUAUCAUGGACAUUAAU